AAGCUACUCCACAAAAAUAUAGAAAUAGGUACUGAAAGUUGAACAAAAGCAUCUGAGCAGAUCAUAUAUCUGAAAGGAAGAUGGGGGAAAGCCAGCUGUUGCUUUUGCUGCGGCUCCUGCUACUUCCUGUCGUUCUUCUCGGCUGGAUUAGUGUUGCCGAUGCAUCCACCUCCGACAUCUACAAGAACGCCCGUCUGGGUCACCGUAUUGUCCAGACGCGCUAUGGCCGCCUUCACGGGCUCAUCCUGCCGCUGGACAGCUUCCGGUUCCUGCGAUCCGUGGAGGUCUUUCUAGGCGUACCGUAUGCCACUCCGCCUACCAAACAGAAUCGGUUCAGUCCCACACGAGCACCAGCGCCCUGGGACGGGAUUCGCAUCUCGGACAAAUACAGUCCCGUCUGUCCCCAGAGACUGCCCAACAUCCAGAACGAGACGGCAGCGCUGGAGAAGAUGCCCAAGGGCCGCCUGGAGUACUUGAGGCGACUGCUGCCUUUUCUGGAGAAUCAGUCCGAGGACUGCCUCUACUUGAAUGUCUUUUCGCCAGUUAAUGCCGGAGCCAAUGAAAAGAAGUUACCAGUGAUUGUGUUUAUACAUGGCGAGUCCUUCGAGUGGAGUAGCGGAAAUCCCUACGACGGCAGUGUCCUGGCCAGCUAUGGAGAAGUGGUGGUGGUAACGCUCAACUAUCGAUUGGGGAUAUUAGGUUUCCUCAAUGCCAAUCCCAAUCCCCAUGCCCACGCUCGCGUGGCCAACUACGGCCUGAUGGAUCAGAUGGCUGCCCUCCAUUGGAUUCAGCAGAAUAUCCAAAAGUUCGGCGGGGAUCCCAACUCGGUGACCUUGGCGGGCCAUGGAACUGGCGCUGCCUGCAUAAACUACUUGAUGACCUCGCCCACAAUGGUCAGGGGUCUCUUCCACCGGGCCAUCCUGAUGUCGGGCUCCGCCUACUCCUCCUGGGCCUUGGUGGAGGAUCCGGUACUGUUCGCCAUCAAGCUGGCCAAGGAGGUGAACUGCACCAUUCCUGAGGAUCUGAAUCGCCAUCACGAACAAAUUGUCGACUGCCUGAGGGACGUGCCACUGGAUGACCUCUACAGUGCCGACAUUCAAGCCCCCAACUUUCUCACAUCCUUCGGGCCAUCGGUUGAUGGCGUUGUCAUACGACCCGGACAUUCCAAUCUCGAUAUCGAUGAUUUAAUGGCGCGCAACUCGAGGCGUUCCUCGGCGGACUCCGGGUACCAGACAUCCGGCGGUGGAGGUGGUCCCGGCGGCGGACCUGGCGGGGGCUCUGGCAGUGGCGGUGGCUCUGGAUCGGCAUUCGGCGGCGGUGGAUAUUUCGGCGGUGGAGGUGGCGGCGGGUCGAAUACGGUAAACAUGGGCGGUCACUAUGACGUCCUGUUUGGCGUCGUUACGGGCGAAUCGAUUUGGCGCUUCAGUGCCCAUGAUAUACAGAACGGUUUCGAGGGCGAGAGGCGCGAUAAAAUUAUCCGCACCUACGUUCGCAAUGCCUACAAUUAUCACCUCAACGAGAUAUUCUAUACGAUUGUGAACGAGUACACCGACUGGGAUCGCACCUCGCAGCAUCCGAUCAACACCAGGGAUACGGCUGUGGCCGCUCUAUCCGAUGCCCAGUUUGUGGCGCCGAUUGUCCGGGCCGGUGAUAUCCUGGCCGCCAAUUCCCCGCCCCCCGUGAGCUCAUCUUCGCCAUCGGGCAACGCGGGCGGAAACGCAGCUGCCUCCACAUCGGCAGGCUCCACGCAGCCCUCGGGUCGCUGCUACUUUUACGUAUUUGACUACCAAACCAAGGACGGGGACUAUCCGCAGCGAAUGGGCACUGUGCACGGCGAGGACCUGCCCUAUAUAUUCGGAGCCCCGCUGGUGGACGGUUUCAGCCACUUUCCCCAGAACUACACCAAAUCGGAGACAGCUCUGUCCGAAGCGGUCAUGAUUUUCUGGACAAACUUUGCGCGCACCGGCAAUCCCAAUGAACAUCAUCGCCAGGACUCGUCGCUGCCCGUUUCCAAGGAGCGCAACCGCUUUCGUAGCAUCACCUGGGAAAAUUAUGAUCCGCUGCAUCAAAAGUAUUUGGAAAUAGGAAUGAAGCCGCGCAUUAAGAAUCACUUUCGGGCCCAUCAACUCUCGAUUUGGCUGCGCCUGAUACCGGAGCUACAUCGCGCCGGAAUGGAGGAUGUGAUAGCCCGGCACAAUCUGUUCCGCAAUCACGACGAUAUGGACCUGUACGAGGGACCCGUUAAACCAGAUCCAUUCGGCAUAUCAACAGCCAACGCCGGCUCAACUUCGUCCUCGUCGUCGUCCAACUCGCGCCUCCUGCUCAUCGAUGAGCAAUUGAUGAUGAAGAAGGGACGCGGUCUAAAUGCCUCCGCCUAUUUGAACGGCAUAUUGGGCGUUACCACCGUGGAGCCGAACAACAUGUACACGACCUGUAUACCCAUCGGAGGAAAUUACUCCGGCAGUGGCGGAGGCGGGGUGUUUGCCCCAACUACCUUGGCCAAUGCCUCAUCGGAUACCUUGGCCUCUGGUUUCGAGGCGGCCGGCUAUGCCGCCUACUCCACGGCCCUUAGCGUCACCAUAGCCAUAGGCUGCAGCCUGCUGAUCCUGAACGUGCUCAUAUUUGCCGGGGUGUACUACCAGCGGGACAAGACGCGUCUGGAGGUGAAGACCCUCCAGAAGCAGUACCAGCAGCGCAGCCUCCACCAGCAGGUCCCCUACCCGCCGGAACCCAUCAAGCACGCCCACUACCACAUGGGCCACUCCCAGAGUUCGGCCAACGUCAUUGUAGACGUGGAGAGUCACCAGGACCAGGCCGGACAAGCGGCCAUGCUCCUCCAGGCAGCCGCCGCAGCAGCCGCUGCUGCCGCAAAUGAUGUGAAGCCACCCCCACCACACAUCUGCUCCAAUACAGGCAUGCAACAGCAGCAGGUGGGCGGCGGCAGCGGUGGGGCCCUGAACAAUGGUGUGCUAGAUGGUGGCAAGGUGAGCAGCGAUAACCUCGGCAAUGUCACCUACAGCACCAGCAGCAAGCAGCAGCAGCAACAUCAGCAACAGCAGCAGCAGCAGCGAGAGCACAUGCAAAUCAAGGGAAUGUCCGGCACGCAAACAUUCGGCCGGAGUGGCUCCGGCUCAGGGGGUGUGGGCGGAGCAGUUGGCGGAGGUGGCGGUGGUUCCGGUGGCGGCGCCUCCGUUGUCGUCUCCGGCAGCAGCGUGAGCUACAAUCCCGGAAUGAUGACGCUGCCCAAGUCCGGCGGCCUGCACCAUGCGGCCACUUUGAAUUAUGCGAGGAACACGGCCGCCUUGAAUCUAGCCGGCGGUGGCACCGCCCUCGUCGACAGCCGCGGCAAUGUCCUGCUCACCAGCACGCCAGUGAGUGGCGGAGUCUCCGGUGGUGGUGCCUCCGGUGGCGGUGGCACCUCUGCAGGCGGCGGUGAUUGCAUGACUCUGCCACGAAAUCUCAGUCUGGCGGCCGCAGGACGACACAAUCCCACGACAGAACUCCAGCAAUACCAACAGCAGCAGCAGCAACAGCAGUCGAGCAAACAUCAGGCCAACGGGGCUGUCCUUACUGGGAUGCAAACGCACCACAUACGAGGGCCACGCCCACCGCUGCGUACCGCCUCUUCCACAACUACUAACAGUAGUAGCAAUAACUCGGCCAUGGGCGUGGCUGUGGGCGGCGGCGUUCUGCUAGACCAGACACCCUCCGGUGGCAGCAGCAGCAGCGGCGUUAGCAGUGCGCCGAGCUCCUCGAAGGGUCACCACACCCACUCGCACUCUCACGCCCCCCACCUGGUCCACUCCCAUCCGCAUCCGCAUCCGCACACCUCCGAGGGCAUGGUCCUGACUUCCGCCUCACCCGUGGGCGGCCAGCAGCAGCAGCAGCAACAACAACAGGUGCCCCAAGCCGCCAUGGACGAGAUGCGCGAGUUCUAUGCAACGAAGCAGGCGGAUGACGGCCAACUCAAUGGGACACCACCGGCGGAUGGAGAGACAGAAGCUGAUGCAGAUGCAGCUGCCAAGUGGAGAGGGACAGGCCUGGGGCCAGGAGGAGAUGGACGCAUCUCUGCCGGCGACCACAAGCAGCGACAGCUGAAGAAGCUCCGAUUCAAGCGCGAGAUGCACGCCCUGGCCCUGGAGGGGGGCGACGUGGCCAGGGGAUAUUGCUCCUGCGACGAGCAGUGGACCAACUCCUCCUCGCCAACGUCCACUACCACGUCGGCUACCAUGUCGCCGACACUGCCGCCUGGAAGCGCCAGCGGCAGCUGUCAUCCGACCGGAGCCGGAAGUGGAAACGCUGGAAAUGGAAGUGGGAGUGGGUACGGGUACGGGCAUGGACACGGAAACGGGAUUGUGAAAAUUUCAUUGGCGGGAAAGCGGGCUGGCAGGCUCAAGCAGCAGCAUCAUGUGCGUUUCUCCGACGAGAAGAAUUUUUCAGAUUGAUUCUAAAAAGCAUAAAAAAUAAGGAAAAAUCGAGAAAAAAACUACUAGACUGCACCUAAUCUCUGUUUAGUCUUAGGAUAAAUUUUGUCUCCUUUGCGGAGGAAAAAUGAAACAAAUCAAUAGAAAAAGAAAACAAAUUACGUUUAGAUUCCAUAGCUAAUUAGACACUUAAGAGAAUCUUGUAAAUAUAGUUUGAAAAGUGUUAGUUAAAUAUCGGUGUUUAGCUGGUCCACAGGGAUCUGUUGAGGACUAUAUAUGCGAAUAUAAAUAAUAUACGUAUAUGUGUAUGAAUGAGUGUAAUCAAGCUAAAA